AUGGCUCUGAUUUCCAGUCCUCGUGAGACUAUCCUUCCUAAAAAAGUCCUACACAUUCCCCAUAAUGUUGAAUAUCGGGAAUCUUCCCCAGGCGAGCUAGUCGAUCUCGCAAUUGAAGGCAACAUUGCGCGUAUAGCAAAACACUCUCUUGUCGGUGGUGAUGAAUCGUUCUUCGUUGCCGACUUAGGACAAGUCAUUCGACAGCAUCGUCGUUGGAUGCAGAGUCUACCAGAGAUCCGCCCGUACUAUGCCGUCAAGUGCAAUUGCGAUCCAACAUUUCUCAAGGUCCUUGCUGACCUAGGGACAAACUUCGACUGCGCAUCCAUAGAAGAAAUACGCACAAUUCUCAAUCUCGGUGUAGAUCCUGCCCGGAUUCUAUUUGCAAAUCCUUGCAAAGCACCUGCAGCCAUUGCAUUCGCACGCGAAGUUGGCGUGCUACGCACGACAUUCGACAACAUCGACGAACUAGACACUAUAAAAGCACACAUGCCCGAAGCCCAACUGCUACUUCGAGUCUAUGCCAACGAUGAUAGUGCUUUCAUCUGCUUAGGUGAGAAGUUCGGCGCACAGCUGGACACAACGGAAGAAUUAUUGUCACGAGCGUGGAAACUGGGCCUGAAUGUUAUUGGUGUUAGCUUCCAUGUUGGAACCGGAGCCACAAACACAGAAUCCUUCUGCAAAGCAAUCAAAGAUGCACGGGUGGCAUUUUCACAAGCAGAACGUAUAGGAUUCACUCCCUAUCUUCUUGAUAUUGGAGGCGGGUUUCAGGACGAUUGUUUCGAGACCCUAGCCCCAUCUCUUCGAGAUACAAUUCGGUCUGAAUUCCCUGCUGGUAUCACAACUAUCGCGGAGCCAGGUCGAUUCUUUGCCCGUAGUGUUUAUACCCUGGUUUGUCGAGUGAUUUCACGUCGGCGUCAGCUUGGAAAUGCAGCUACUGCUGGGAUUCCGGAUAUGCUCUAUCAAAAUGAUGGUGUUUAUGGGAAUUUCAUGAAUGUGAUCAUGGAAAAAGAGAUAAUGGUUCCUUAUUUGGUUCAAACCAAGAAAAGCAUUACUUCACAUAAGACCAAGACCAAUGGCAAAAGUGAAAAGCCUGAUGAAUAUCGAUAUUCGGUUUGGGGGCCUACGUGUGAUAGCACUGAUUGUGUUGUACGUGAUGUGACUCUUAAAUCGGAGGUCAAGAUUGGUGAUUGGCUUAAGUAUAAGAAUAUGGGAGCGUAUACCACUACUACGGCAACCGAAUUCAAUGGGUUCAGUAGUAAAUACGAUAUAUUUUACGUCAACAGUGAGAGAAUGCAUUCUUACUAG